AUGAUGCACGAUGUCAGCUCGAUGUCAGCCGGCGGCCAAUGGUCAAGCAUGACAGGUGCCAGCAUUGCCUUGGCGGUGAUGGCGACCCAAGCAGAUCGCUAUGUGAGUGAUCCCAAGAAGGCGGAUUUCGGAGCAGCUGCUUGGAUUCUGCACUGGCUUUUGGCCGUGGUCUUUGCGGGCUCAGUGGCAGGUAUGCUGUCGAUGGGGUGCCUGGGCGACCUCAUUGGACAUGGGAGAGCCUUGCUGGUGACCAAAGGCUUAGUGGUACUGGGAUGCUUCAUGUGCACCUUGCUUCCAGAGCAGCCGGACGAGUCCGGCUUCUGGGGUCAAUUGAUCCUCUGGCGCUUCAUCAUCGGCGUAGGCUUGGGUGGCGCCUAUCCGCUGACGGCCGCAGUGGCCGGGAAGGCCAACGACGUGGGGAAGGCCUUCUUCUGGCAAACACCCGGCAGUGUGGCUCCCUACCUGGUAGCCUUGCUCGUGUUGAAGCUUCUGCCGGGUCAGACUAGCCCUCAGUUCCGCUGGAUCUUGGGCUUGGGAGCUGUGCCAUCCUUCUUAGCGCUCGGGACCUCCAUCUCCGACCCAGUGGCACAGCCUGUGCGGCCAGCAUCCCAACUGGGCCUUUGGGAAGGUUUGCCACAAGCACUCAGCUGUCCUCGGCUUCAGAGGCGCUUGCUGGGCACUGCUGGAAGCUGGUUCCUGUUUGACGUGGCUGCUUAUGGGACCACCAUCUUCACCCCGCAGAUUCUGAGCUAUGUCUUCGGCAAGGACCAUUCUUUGGUCCAUUUGGCUUGGCAUUCCAUCCUCCUGCUUUCAUGGUCGAUCCCCGCCACGUGGCUCUCGGUGCUGGCGCUGUCUCGGUGGCGAGCACGCCGGCUGAACCUGCUGGGCUUUGUCUUGCAAGCGGUGCUCUUUGCCACAUUUGCCAGCGCCUAUGGCUUCUUCUACGACAUGCACAAGGUGCUGCUCGCUCUUCUUUGCGCCAUCUACUUUGGUCUCAAUUGGGGCGUUUGCGUGUCCACCUACGUGCUGCCCAUCGAGGUCUUUCCAGAGGAAUUCCGCGGCACCUUGCACGGCGUCAGCGCCGCAGCGGGCAAGCUCGGUGCACUGGUGGGCGCGUGCCUCUUCCCGCUCCUCAACACCAUCGGUGGGGUACCCGCUGUCAUGGGCCUGCAGGCGGUGGUGUGUGGUAUGGGCGCCUGGCUAAGCUUAACUUGCUUGCCUCCAGAUGACUGA